AUGCUUCUUCAGAAGAUAGGAAAGGUCAACAGCGUUGUCAAUGCUCAGAUCAUCACUGGGGCUGCUGCAUUGUCCCUGAAGGGCGGUCAGCUUGAGUUUCGUUCGCUCCUCAAGAUGUACUCUAGGAUCUCGCAUCUUGCUGUAGCUGAAAAGAAAGAGCAACUCUUGAAUGCGGUUAUGAAAGCACGCUGCCACAUAUCCGCGAAUUUGAGGCCCGGCUCGCCUCUCUUCGAUACCUAUUGGGAACACCUCUUAGAUACUAUAAUCUCAGUCGGGGAUGUUCACCAAUCGUCUCAAACCAAAGACUCCGAUGUCCAAUUAGCAGCGCAGGACAUUGCACAGCUUCUCCGGCCACUUGCGGUGUUUAUGGCCUCCAACGACAUGUCCGUUGAUGCUAUAACAGAGGAUGAAUCGCACUCGAUGCUUCGUGAUGCCUGGUUCAAUAUCGUUGUCCAUGGAUUCCUUUCUUCUAGCGACUUGGGGGAGAAGUGGGCGAACGAGCUGCGCAUAAUGGCAGUACACUCGCCCCUCUGGUCGCUGAGCAACGCGGCGAACAGAUAG